AUGGAGAACAUUCCCAAAGCUAUGGUCCGUAAGAAUGGCAAGCGAAUCUCCUGCGAACCAUGUCGUGUCUCUAAAAUAAGAUCACGGAAGAAGGCACAAGUACCUCGCAGCGUGUCUCCCGUCAACCCAUCGCCUGAGGAUGAUGAGGCUCCUGGUGUCUCUACCAGUCGUGGAGACAGCACCUUGCCAACUGAGCCUCAAUUGAGCCUCACGUCUACCUCUCCGCCAACAUACUUGGGAUCCACAAGCUUUAUGUCAGCAUUUCACCAUAAUCAACAGGACUUGACCCUUUCUACACCGAAAAUCGCCCAUGUAUCCGCCCUGCGCAAGGCGUGGAGUGCCGACUUCACACAUGUCAUUCCCCGACUGGUUCAGCUUCUGCGCCCGCUCAGGCUGUAUGAAGAUUUAGUGACCGACGAAUACCAUCGGAGCCCCUUCACGGUCAUCCCAGCUCCUCUCGUUCUUACUCCCCUGGGGCUGCUUCGAAGCCACUGGGACAAGGAAAGAUGGCCGCAAGAGGAUCUGGGAUCCCGGAUCACUCAAAACACGGCCGCUCAAUCGGUCAAAGUUGAAGCAAACAUGACGACGAACCAGUUUUACCAUUUGUUCACGGGUGCGAAUGUGCGAUGGGAGUUUGUCGGCCUCAUAUUCGCCCUGGCGGGACUCGGUGCUAGCGUCUCGUCUCGUGGCACUCCAUUUUUGUCUCUGAACGGCAAGGAUGAACUAAGCGCAGAUGCCUUUGCCAGGGAGAUGGCUGCAGCAAGUCAUGCAUGUAUUGAAAUCUGCAGACAGUACGACAAUGUGAAUGACUUGACGGUUUGGCUGAACUACACAUACUUUGUGCUGGCAUCGAAUACAAUGGGAGAGACAAGCCAUCAUAUCUACGCGCAAUUUGGGGACUUGGUCUCCUGCAUUUAUGCCAUGGGCCUACACCGUCCGGAUCGUCCUGAGUCCGCCGUUCCGUUUUUCCUCUCGGAGACCCGUAAGAGGGUCUUUGCAGCGUCCUAUCGCGCCGACAAGAAUAUCGCUACUUUUCUGGGAAGGCCGCCUCGACUGCCGUACCAUUAUUGUGACGUGGAACUACCCUUGGAUAUUGAUGACGAUAGUCUAGUCCUGGACCGCCUUUCCGUCGACAGGGCUAUAAGGCAGCUCACGCCGGAUGGAUGGGGUACUUUCGGCGGUGGUCUUCGCCCUACCACCGUCAUCCGGCUACGGUACAUGGUAGCGAUGUUGCGAGAGCAGGUGGUGGGACUGUCCUUGGGGCGGGGCUCUGUUUACUCCAGACAAAACGAACUCCAGGCUACCUAUCAAGAGUGUAAACGAUUGUGGGACAAAGUUCCCGGUCAGUUCCACUACAGCAAACAGUCCUGGAAGGCUUUAGGUCCGCAUCUGGCCAUAAUAAGUCUGGUCAUCCACCUGGAAUACCUCCACACGUUGUUUCAGGUUGAGCGCAUCCGUUACAAUGAGCUCCCCGAUGCCAUGUCGGACCUACUGGACUCAGCCAUGCAGAUCGUCUCGGCAGUCACAGACUUUGCGAAGCACCGCAAUCAAGAAACCAGCAUCCGCGAGCAGUACACGUGGAUUGCGUGUGUGGAGGUUACCAAGGUCAUAAUAAAGCUUCUAAAUGAUACGUUGGAUUAUCCGUCAGCCGGGCAGAUGGCAGAAGGGCCACCAGUCGGCACUGGCAAUCACCCUAUGCCGAACAGUUCACAUUCAAUUGAGAUGUCCUUAAAUGCCUACGACCAGAGUGGGACAACACCGAAUAUGAAUGCACUUGAAACGAGUGAGGAUUUCUUAAACUGGCUGGAUGAGUUGGGGUUGGAUACGAGCGUCCCUGAGUUCUUUGGGUGUCAGUAA